GAUCGCUUUCUGUUGAUUGAGAGACGAGGCGAAUUUUCAGACUUUUCCAGAGUAUUUUCUGCGAGAUUUUGAAGCUGUUUCCUGAAAGAAGACUUUAUUCUACAACGACAUCAUCGGAGGAUAUAUCCUUUAUCGAGUUUUUAAGCUUUUUUAAAGAUUUCAUAUAAUUUCUGAUUAUAGCUUCCUUUAUUUUAUUGUUCUUUUCUGAUUUAGAAUAGUUUUAUUUACUUUUUAAUUCUUUUUUUUAUUUUAUUUUUUUUAGUUUUACAUGAGUAUUUCUGAGUAUUGUUUUGUAUUGUAUUUUGUAGGCUAACUUCUUGUUUUUUUCCUUGCAGUGAUCAUGGUUCACCGGAUAGGUGGAAGAGGAGGCCGCUCCAGACCCCGGAGAACUGCUUUCUCUCAGACGGCUGGUCAGGAGGUUUGCAGACCCGCUUCUGAUGACCGUGGUCAGGCUCACGGGAAGAAAGCGGGGCAGAGCGGCAGCCAGCAGAGGCCAGAUGAUGGACGUCCGUCGUCCACUCCAUCUAAACGCUCUGGCAGAGACAAACCUAGAGAAUGCAGGGAGAGGAAAGGAAUUGGUUGUUUCCUCAACAGGGUGUGGAAGGCUACGAAGAGGUAUUUCCACUGCUGUUGCCUCAGUUGUGCUGUGGAUGAUGUGGAGCCCUUUGUCCCUCCACCAGAUCUGGAGCCAAAGCCUGUUCCUGAGCCUUCAUCCCCUGCACCAGAUCACUCCGGCGUCAAGCCCAAUCAUGGUCGCUCCAGAUCCUUGAGAACGGCUUCCACAGAUUCGUCUGUGGGAAUCACGUCAUCAUCAUCUUUGUCCCUCUCUAAGGACAUUGUAGAGAGGAGGUUCUGUGGAGAGUGGUUAAGCCUUAGCAGCCGCGGCUCGUACGUCGUUGAAUGGCGGUGGAGUGGUUUCUUGGAUAGCCGAAGCCAACAGAGCAGCAAGUGCUCUUUGUCCGGGUCCGAAAGCCUCGAAGGGUUUCUGUACCCUCCACUGCCAGGUCAAAUUCCUGUCGAGCCGACAGAGACAGAGACGAAUGGCCGAACUGCUCAGGGUGCCAUGGAGGAUUCUCCAGUGAAGAAGAGCUCCACAGACGCUGAAGUCGGUCUGCGCCUGCGUGCCACCAUUACGCAGUUGUCGAGGUGA